AUGCAGAGUCACAGUGGUCCGAGCACCGGUGGGCAUCUCGUCCAGCCUGACGCAUCCGAUCUUUCUGCUCCUGCUAUCCAAGCAGAGAGCAACACUGCGCGUCAAGCGGGCAUUGCACCGAUCCGAGCAGAGUAUCUGGUGCAGAUCAAUCCAGGCCAAACCGGCCAGCAUGAGCGCGUGCGUGCAGAAGCUGGUCAAGGUGCUCAAGGCGUAGAGCACGAUCAGCACGAUGCGGAGGAAGCGGAUGAUGCUGCUGAAGCCGCGGGAGCUGUGGCUGGCCACGCUCGCGCUGGAGAAGCAAGGGGAGACGGCGAGGCUCCUUCGAAGAAGCUCAAAGGCGCUGCAAGGAAGAAAGCGAAGAGGGCUGCAGCAGCUCAAGGCGGGUCAGGCGGCAAACAGAACAAGGGCAGAAAGUUUGGCAGGGUGACAGACGCCAAGGGAAUUUGUCACGCUGCUGCCAGAGGUGCUGCUUGCACGAACGAACACAGGUGCGUCACGCAACACCCCGGUCACGGCCACGGCCACAGCGAGCCAUUUCGACCACCAGGGGCACUCUGACACAUCACCGCUCAUCUAUGCUGCUGCUGCAGUUGCAAGUUCAGCCACGACAUCAAGGGCUACCUGCUCACCAAACCCCGUGACCUCCAUUUUCCACGCCAGCCGCAAGCGUCUUCCAGUCUUGUGGGGCUUGAGCCGCACGAGCAGCUGGCGUACCUCGAUGCGCUCUACACCACCACACCUCCCUUUGUUCGCUGGCCUGUAGGUGCUGGGGAAAUGGCGGACGAGCCAAAAGAUGAGGACGCUCCUCGGGCUGCUGCCAGAGAUAUAGACGACACCUUGUCCAACCAGACUCGCUGCCCUUCCUUCGAUGCGCAUCGAGCCAGAGGGGCAUCCGGCAGCAGUACUGACACAUGUCCUGCAGGGUGGAAGUGCCGCUUUUUGGGCGCUCACGUCUCUCGCGAAGUAGGGGGACGAUCACUUUCAGCCCUAGACAACUUGGAAGGGCUCGCUCUGCUGCGCUUCGGGCCCGAUGCGCACGCAACGGCAGACAAGGGCAAGGCGCGAGUAGCACCUGACGAGCGAAACUAUCCGGACCCAGACAGCAUUCGCGCUUUGUCUCGCAAAAAGGUGAGCGGCACGGUACUGCAGCGCCGUGUACACGCCGAGGUUGUGUCAGCGCCUUUGGUCUUUCGCUGAGCUUCCGCGCCCGUUGCAGUAUCCACUCCCACUCACUCGCGCAGCCACCGCCAUACUCGACAAGGAUCCUCCCAACGUUCAAGCGUCAGGUCGAGUCAUUUUCGAUGCUCAGGCAGCUCGAAGAGCGUAUGCUUCUGAGCAGGCGCAAUCGCACCCCACCAAGCAGCUCGAUAUACAGAACGAACCGGGAACGGCUUCCGCCCGAAUUGAUUUUGAAGAGCUAGAGAACUCUGCGGGUGCUUCGUCCGAUCUUCAUGCACUCUCGGCAGCGACGGGGCGGAGGCUGCAUGACGCCGAAAUCAGCGGAAGUACCAUAGGUCAGCUGGAUUCUGCGCGCAUUCGGCCACCCGAAAAGCGAAGAUUGCAAUGGAAAGGCGAGCUUUGUGAGUAACAUCAUAACGAAGCGGAGCUGCCACAACAUCUGACCCCAGCCUUCUCGCAUUGCAUAGACCUAGCCCCGCUCACGACCACGGGCAACUUGCCUUUCCGCCGUAUGUGCACAACUUUGGGCGCUGACAUAACUUGUGGAGAAAUGGGACUUUCAGAGAGCUACAUGCAAGGGUCGGCUAGCGAAUGGAGUUUGGUUAGAAGGUGGGAAGGAGAGCGAAUCUUUGGCACUCAGGUGCGUGAUCAGUUCGACGGCGAGGCUUUGUGCUUCUGCUGAUCUUUACAUGCCCAACACACGCAGCUCUGUGGUGGCAGAGUCAAUACGAUGAUCUCGGCCGCAGAAGCUUUAGCCACAGAAGUCGGAGAUGGACUCGAUUUUGUAGAUGUGAGUUUGGGUGUACAAGGGCCACACAUCGCCGGGCUGAAGACGUGCUCACCCUGCUCGUGCGAGCAGAUAAAUUGCGGAUGCCCUAUCGACCUGAUUUACAACCGUGGCGCAGGCUCCGCCUUGCUCGACAGUGUCAACCGCAUGGGUAAAAUCGCGCGAGGUGUCUCUGCAGUGAUGGGCGAGAUACCUGUCACGGUUAAAUUGCGCACGGGCACGUCGGCCACGCGUACAGUCCACAAAGUCUUUCCGCGUCUGCAGGCAGACUUCGGAGUGGGCGCUGCCACUUUGCACGGGCGCAGCAGAAAGCAGCGGUACAAGAACGAGGUGCGCUUGAUACACACGGCAUGGGCACUCUCGAUCCACUUACUGAUAUUUUAUGCUCUCAGGCUUCAUGGGAGUACAUCGGGGAGUGUGUCAAGGCAUAUCGAGACUCUCUCCAUGCUCAUAAUGAGGAAGCACGCACUGCAGACGAAGAGGAGGUGAGCUUUUCUUGACGAGCUCGAGAAGGUCAGUUGAGGACACGCGAUGUCUGACCAUGCAGCUUGCGGUCAGAUGCUGCCAAUUCCCAUCUAUGGCAACGGAGAUGUCUACGACUGGCGUCGCUACUACGAAACGUUGGACAUUUCUGGAGUCGACGGCGAAAUGUUUGCGCGCGGUGCUUUGGUGAAGGUACGCAGAUGCAGAUGUCAGCCCGUCGGUUGGGCGCAGACUGACGAGACCGCUGACCUUCGCUCGAUGUGCUGUCUAGCCGUGGGUCUUGUGAGUGUUUUGAGCGUGCGUGUACACGAUUUCGUAGCUCACCUGACUCCACGUCACCUGACUCCCCCAUGAUCUCCCUGUGUCAGCACCGAAGUUAAAGAGAAGCGCGACUGGGACAUCAGUAGUCGCGAGAGACUUGACCUAGUGCGACAGUACGCUGAAUGGGGGUUGACUCACUGGGGGUCGGAUACACAAGGUGUCAACACCUGUAGGCGUUAUUUAUGCGAGGUGAGACUCAUCCCGCUUUCCUGGCUUGCGCCGCAGCGUGUUGACGUCCUGCGCUUACGCACGGGCGAUCUCUUCCGCGGUAGUACUUGUCUUUCACGUGCAGAUAUAUACCUGUAGGACUCCUAGAGAGCUUGCCUGCCAAGCUCAAUGACAGGCCGCCAGCUUACAAGGGUCGAGAUGAGCUGGAGACGCUACUCGCCUCAACCCGAGCAUCCGAUUGGGUGAGGUUGAGCGAGAUGUUCCGUGAGUGGCUCCUCUUCGCCACUUGACGACCAAGAAUCAAUCGCAACGUUCGGCUCACAUCCUUUCUCCCCACCUUGCAGUGGGCAGAUCACCGUCAGAAUUCACUUUCCAGUCCAAACACAAAUCGAGCAGUUAUGAGGAUAAUGCAGAGCAGCAAGGCUGA